ACUGACCAUGGGAAUAAUCUAUCGGAUUCCCUAAAUGGGAUUAACUCGAACAUACAAUCGAAUCUAGAUCAGCAAGCGGGGAUGUCACACUUCUGGGGUAUAAAACUCGUUUGUCUGUGCAUAUAUAUAGAGUAUCUGUGUGUUUCCUUAACGUCUAAUCUCGUGGUUCAUUACUGUUCCAAUUGAGGAUACCACUCGCCUUUGGCUUUCAAGUCAUACAUACUUACUUCUUUCUGUUGUCUGAUACACUUCAAUCCGAUCUUCUACCUCUACCUUCCCAGCUUCUUCCUCCAGCUUCUCACGCUCUCCCCAAUCCAUCUCUCCAAGUAUGCCCGCCAACACUUGCGUCAAGCGCGCUCUCAAAAGCAUCGAAAACGAUCCCUCCAAACUACUAAACGUCACCUACAACGACAAGUCCAUCACCCCCAAGCAAUACAUUCCCCGAUCAGAAGCCCAAACCCCUCCCUCAUUAUCCCUCCCCACCGCAACCCCAACCCCCACCCCCUCCCCCACCUACCUCCUCAUCAUGCUCGAUCUCGACGCGCCCAUCCCCUCCCUCCCCCUCCUCGGUCCCAUCCUCCACUGGAUCCAACCCAACUACACCGCCACCCCCAGCGGUCAGCUAACCACCAGCUCCCCCUUCAUCGCAAACUACAUCGGUCCUGCUCCUCCUCCCGGCAGUGCACCGCAUCGCUACUCCUUCUACCUAUUCGAGCAGCCGGCGGCUUUCGACGCUGCGAAAUACGCGCCAGCGGCCGGGAAACCGCUGAGUAAUUGGUAUCGCAUGCGCUUUGAUUUAGAUGCGUGGCAGCAGAUGGCGGGGUUGGGAGAACCGGUUGCGGUGAAUUAUUUUUUGAGUAAUUAG